CUGGUCGGAUGACCAGACUGCGCCCAUCUUCACAAGCCCUGUGGGCCAGACCACCUCUCUCGUUGCUUCCAACAUCUGCCUCAGGCGAUAGUCUUUGCUGAUGAGGAUCGGCCGGGGUCACCGCAACUUCAGGCAGGUCCAACUAGUUAAACAGCUUGAGAAAAUCCUCAACCGUUCUCAAGUCAACGAACACUAUGGAAAUCCCAAUAUUUCCACCAUCAGCGAAAUCCUCUCCGCGCAGAAGGAGUUAUUGACUCGUGGACGAACCGCUCAAUCCCUCCAUAGAAGCACAAGAGACUGGCAAAAUUUCGACAAACUACUUUCUGCUAAUGAGGGCUACACGGUAGCUGUCAAGGACAAUAUCAAUACCAACCGUCUACCCACUACCGCUGCGUCCAACAUUUUGCGUACCUUCCAGCCUCACCAAAAUGCCACUGUCACAAGGCGGCUCGAAAGGGCAGGUUUGGUCCUCCUUUCCAAAACAAACAUGGACGAGUUUGGCAUGGGCUCUCACUCCCUCAAUUCUGCCUUUGGACGCAUGUCAAAUGGAAUUGAUCGCGAUGCGCUAUCUGUCGGUGGAAGUUCAGGUGGAAGCGCUGUGGUCGUCUCCGAGUACAUGGCCCAUUACGGCAUUGGGACAGACACGGGUGGUUCUGUCAGACUCCCCGCUGCCUAUAUGGCUUUGGUCGGAUUCAAACCCUCUUAUGGAAGGAUAUCUCGUUAUGGCGUGAUCCCAUAUGCCAAUUCUCUCGACACAGUUGGUAUCAUCGCCCGCAGUGCAAAGGACGUCCAUCUCAUGUACGACAUUCUUGACUCUCCUGAUCCUCUUGAUCCUACAUGUUUGAACGACGAUACGCGUCGAAGAAUUAUGGAGGUUAAGAAUCAGCGUCGGUCGAAAGUUCAAGGAAGUUUGAUCACAUACGUAUCUCCGAAGACUCUGAGACCGUUGCGAAACCUCGGUAGAUGGAAAGGGAAUCCGGUACUAAAGUCCAAAGGAAGGCGAAUAGGCAUUCCAUUAGAGUACAACAUUGCCGAAAUGCAUCCAAUGGUUCGUUGGGCAUGGACUGCGACCCUGAGCUUUUUGCAGUCGCGUGGGCACGAAAUCGUCCCCAUCUCUCUCCCCUCCACAAGACAUGCCCUCUCGGCGUAUUAUAUCCUCGCCACCGCCGAAGCAUCCUCCAACCUGGCCAAAUACGAUGGUGUCAGAUACGGCCAGAAACGUACGUCACCUUCGGCCGAAGAUGACAACACCCUUUAUGCCGCGCAUCGCUACGACUACUUUGGGCCUGAGGUGAGAAGGCGCAUCCUUCUCGGAACCUACAGUUUGAGCGCCGGAGCAAUGGACAACUAUUUCAUCAAAGCUCAAAAGAUUCGUCGUAUGGUCCAGAACGACUUUGACUCGGUCUUUCGAAUGCCCAAUCCGCUCCGAAACAAUUCUGUUGGCGUCGAAAAUGGUGUAGACCUCAUUGUAUGUCCCACCGCACCGACUCCACCACCCCACGUCAAAUACCUCGAUUCAAGCAACCCGACAGAGUCAUACAUGAAUGAUGUUUUCACCGUUCCAGCAAGUCUAGCAGGCCUACCCUCCAUCUCCACUCCAGGACCAAUUCACCCAGACUACCCCUGGAAACCCGAACUCGCUACUAGCAUACAAGUGAUUGCACAGUACGGAGACGACAACGAGGUCAUUUAUGUGGCCAAGGGCCUCCUCAGUCAAUUUCAUCAAGCUCGCCCUGUGACCAACAGUAACAAAGUCAAGCCGAUGUGAUGUUUCAACGACUUUCCCAACACUGUCAUGACAUACGGAUCAGGUCUGGCGACCCGAUACUUGAAUGACCCAUGAUCCAAUACUAUCGUUGGAGGACGCGUGGAUUCGAACUGUGGACCUUGUGAUACGAUCGAGCUUAUGAUAUCUCACAAGAUGAAAGCGACUUUCCAUCAAGAAUUUUUCCACAGUAUAUGUCUGUUACCAGGGCCAUUGUCAUAUGUUUCGGCUGGUGCCUGUGACCCGGCCUCUCGUUCUCGACGCGCGGCUAUGGCAUACCUAGAGCAGAGCAACGAGCGACUUUGACAGCAAUGUGGUUGUUGCAACUGACAAGCCUAAGACUUUGGCGGUCAGAUUGUGAAAUCCGCAUCUCAUGGCAAAUUUAUCAUGAUGAUUAUUACCCCAAGAUAUCCCAAGCCACUUUUCGGCACCGAUCAAGGAGUAUAGGUCGCUAGAUGGACACCACUUGUACAACAGAUACCACAGUCAUGCAUGAUUAGAAACUAAUGCUCACGAACGUGUGGUUUCGAACCUAAUGCCACAAUGAAAGAUAUUCAACAUAGAGAA